CCGCCCCGCCCCGCCCGGCCGCCCGCGCGUCCCCGCGGCCCCUCCACGGCCCCUCGGCGCGGGGGACUGGGGCGCCGGCCUGCGACGGGGGCCGCCGACGGGGGCGGGAGCAUCACCCUGAGCAAGAGCAGAGGACACGGCACUGAGCAGGCACCGGUCCAUCAGAGUGGCUCCGUGGCACUGGAUCCGACCCAGACACAGAUCCUUGGAGAGCGGAUAUGGGGACGGAGGUCACCGUCUGUCUAGCUGGACGAUGUCCCCUCCUGCAGGGCACCAGAUACAUCUUUUCAAGUAAAGUGGGCCAAGCCAUGGGGUCAGAAUCGCCAUAGACGCCCUACCGGUGCCCCCCAGGUGGGUGCCUCGUCCCUGGCAGCUGUACAUCUGAUAAAGCUCGGGCCAGGUCGCCAGGCUCCUCUCAGGUUCCGUGGCAAUGCCAUACUCCCAGGGGUAUUGCUUACACGUGGCCUGAAUUCGUCGUUUUUACCAGAAUUAAAUAAGAAAUCCUCAGACCAGACCACUGAAAAAGCUGUUGAUGAGCGCCGUUAGGGUAAAGCAGUGGGCGGUUGUCCACGCUGAGCACUGGCUCAGAGAGGCCCGGCGCACAGGAGCCCAGGCGCAGGGAGCUGCCGGCCAGUGAUGAGUGGCCGUGUGCCACUGGCUGAGAAAGCCCUGUCGGAAAGCUACGCCCGGCUCCGGUACCGGGACACGUCGCUUCUCAUUUGGCAGCAGCAGCAGCAGCAGCUGGAGUCUGUGCCCCCUGGGACCUACCUGAGCAGGAGCCGCAGCAUGUGGUACUCACAGUACGGCAACGAGGCCAUCCUAGUCCGCGACAGGCACAAGCUCGGAGUCCCCCGGGACACGGGCCAGUCCAAGUUCUGUACAAUCAUGUAAUUCCAGGGAGAAAGCCGGGCCCGGGCCCUAGGCUGCGCAGAGAACAGGCCAUGAUCCACUCAGUGGCCUUGGUGGUUUCCAGUCCUUACUGGGAGAUUCUGAACAGUGAACGUGAUGACCCAAGAACCCAAGAGUCCCGGCAGCGGCUCCCAAGCCCUCUCCACAGUAUCACCAGUCCACAGGCCCAGCGGACCUGGGCCCUGGGCUCCAUUCUAGCCCCGCCAGCGCUGCGGGCCCGACCUGCCCGGGGCACCGCUAGUUGCUGCUUUUCUCUUAGGCUUCUGAGCAAGACGGCCACCCUGGCUUCCCACCACCUUUCCAGAAGUUUCUGGGUUUUCAGUUAUUGCCUCCUGCCUGUUACAGAAGGGGGCAGGUCUAGAAAAAGAGGGCAGAAUUAGCGUCAUGAAGGCCAAGCAGGAGUAAGCGGGCAGCAGUGGGCUUUCGCCAGCAAGGCUGGCUGCGGAACGGGCACCGUGUGCUGUGCGCCGUGGGAGCUUCUACACCAGCUUCCGGGCACUUGGGGGCGAGCAUGCGAGCGCAUCCAAAAACAUCACGGAAACCAAGACUUAUCUUCUUCCCAACCAGCUGCUGACAGGAUUUCAGAUGUCAUCACAGGACUGACAGGCAAAUUUGGCCUCUCUGCGCUGAGGCGGCAGCUGGUCACCCAUGGGGCGCUGGACAUGUGCCCUACAGGACACCACGCAGGCGGCCUCGGUGCAUCUGGGGGCAGUUUCUGUGAGGCAUCUGCAAAAGAUGUGCCCGUCUGUUGUAACUGAAGUCUGCGUGGCUAUGUAAAUGUGGGAAUAGCUUUUGUCAAAGCUGACCUUUCUAAAUAAAUAAUCUUUGGGACACUUCUUCCUUUCUCACUUGUUUUUAUCUGUUUAUUCAUAAUACCUUAAUCUGGCUUCAGGUUUGUGUUUUUCAGUAACGGUAGAAUCUAAUGGUUGCUACAAACCCCGUUAUAGAAAUGCAUAAAGCAGAGCCAAAGUGUGCUCCCCAGACAACCACCAGCAGCCCUGCAUGUGCAAUUGCGCACGGUUCUGAAGGCGUGGCCUGCACCGUGCAUCUCGUUGUGCGGGUUCCCUCCUGCCCAGCUGUACAGAUGGACAUCUAUGUCCUGUUCUCAGUGUCGGACUAGCAGUGCUCCUGUGAGCCAGCAGGUGUGCAAGUUCACCAGCAAGCCUCCCAGAAGUGGAACUGCUGGAUCAGAGCACUCCCCAAAUGUUCAACGUCUAGCCAGAGGCCUGGUCCUUAGUGACGGAUCCUCAGUUUGCCUGCUGCAUGGGGUCAGGAGGUCUGAAGCCACAUUUCCUGCAUCACCUCCCAGAGGUAAAGAGAGGGAAGCGUGUCCCAUCUACACGGAACAAGACCUGCAGUCAGCAGCCCUGACACUGGGAUUACCCAGAGAUAGUUUAGGGCACGCCUCUGUGGUUCUUCAGUUUAAGUCCUGCUUGGGAAGAUAGCAGACUUCAGGGACUCAUCUGGAAGGCCUCCGUGCUGCAUGUAGACCUGCCCCUCAGGAUUGGCCUGAGAACAGGAAGUGGUUAGUGUGACCCAGGCAUGGAGGCAGUACCUGGGAAGACAAGCACUGGCUGCGGCUAGUGUCUGCACAGGUCAAGGGGUGCAGGUGACCCACAGGCACUGGCCGCUCAUAGGACAGCUGGCGCUAAGCUGCUUAGAGCACAAGAAGCCACCAUCUGCUGGAGGGAAGCCAGGGUGGCUGGCUUCCAUGACUGGGCCACCGAGUCCCCGUCCUUGGGGAGGUCAGCCUGGAUGGGGGGGUAGGCGUCUAGACAAAGAUGGUGUGUUCUGAUGGGUCACUGGGAGGGUGCCCGUUGACAGCUGGGGGGCGCCACCAAGAACCCAGGACGGCUCUGCAGCGCUGGGCACCAACAGCCGCGACCGCUCAGAAAACAGCAUCAGAGUGCCAGUCUGCCAUCCAUUCCUCACAGGAGCCUCUCUUCCAUGCUGGGCUCUACACGCAGUGCAGGAAAACUUCAGCAAACAUGCGACUGUGCCCACAGGACAGCGUCUGCCUCCUGCCAUCUGGGAACACGCCCUGGAACCAGGCUCAGCAGUGGAUGGAGCUCGGGGGAAGCAUCUGCCUGGACAGGAGGGAGCAGCGAGCGAGGACCGCAACAUGACCAAGGUUGUGAUCCUUUGAAGAAAGGCUACGACGAGUGAUGUUCCCCAAAUCCUGGUGCCCUCCCACGCAGGCUGAGGACCAGAGCUACUUCCAACAGCUGAACGUUCCAGGGUGCGAGCCCAGGAGCCGCUGGAAAGCACAGGCAAAGGCACAUACAGCCACCUUUUUUUUGUUGUUGUUUUAUUAUGAAAACAAAACAAAUGCCCCAGGAGAAGGGUCCUUGAUUACCAGAAACAUCAAAGAGUACUUUCUACCAUUUUUAUUCUGUUGUGUUGAGGCCAGCAUUGCAAUAAACAAGCUAAAACUACUUACAUUGGACUCAUUUUCAGUAACUGACAUUUACAGGAAUAUACUAGAAACGGCACUAAAAAGUUUUUAAGAAAAAGUUACGGUAAACUUGCAUGCACAUCAUACAGAAAAGUAACAUUUUAAAUAUAAAAAAGAAAACUUUCCGGAAGCGUUAUGCCAGUCCUGGGGACCAGGUUACACUGGGCGGCACGGCACGCGUCCUUCUCUGGGUGGGGUGUUUCCCAGAGGGCUGUCACAGACGUGGGUGUUGCAGAACAAAAACAGAAACAAAAAGAAAACAUAUCUUACAGUUUGUAAGCAAGAUGAUGCCACCCCAGCACGAGCAGGGGUCUCUGCCCCCCACCCUGGGCCUCCAGGGCUCCCGUGAGGCCCACCUACUAAACACACGGUUCCUUCCCCUCGAGAGGAGGCCAUGGAGAGCUGCCCUCAGGUUCUCCGUGCCACAACAGUCCGGCCUGACUGCGGUCUCCCCAACACGCAGAAACCUGGAGACGGCUGAACCUGUGCAUUGCUGCACAGGCUGACCUCGAGGGGGCCGAGGAUAUACCCCGAACUCUGAAGAGAAAUCGGCUUUGAAGUCUGCACGGAAAGCCUCAAGAAGCCACAGCACCAUCGAGCUACACUGCUCAGAAUGGAUGGCAGCCCUCUGUGCCAUGGCGGCCAGCGGCCUCCUCCCGGGGGGCAAGGGACAGAGGUGUUCCAGAACCCGUGUGUCCCGCAGAGCCAGCGGGUGACCAAGUACUCUGAAAUGCUUCCACUGUGCUGG